GAUUAUGUGCAGCAAACAAAAAGUGUGUAUGUGGGUGCCACUCAGCCAGUGUAUCGGCCCCAUCUGCACGCCUCUCUGCGCUCGCGAAUCAUAAGACGGUCGGCAACACUGUCACUUUCAACAGACGGGGAAAUGUACUGACUGCACGGACUUCAUCGGAGCCGCUGAAUGCAUACUUGAAGAUAUACUGACGGCAAUUGUGAAAUUUUGUGGAUUAUUUUAUCCUAGUACCAUGGAGUGAGACUGCGACCCCACAGCUACAAAAGGAGAGGAUCGUGAAAGGAUUAAGGGCAAAAUUCACACUAAGGCUUUUAUGGAUGAAGGGAACUUGAAGCAUUUGUGUCUUGAUAAUAGCCUACCAUCGAGAGCCGGACGUGUCCAUUUGAAAUAGCCUAGCAUCCUCAUCAUAAUUAAAUAGUCAUUUAAACGCUUUGCAGAAUAAAAUAUUUUUUCAUAUUUUCACAAUUUCAACCUAUUUUGUAUUAGGCGCGUCAGUGUCUUAUACUUUAUUCGAGCAAGAAAUACGAAGUAGCCUAAAAAUAAAUAAAUAAAUAAAUAAACCGGUCUGCUUAAUACCGCAGCCUGUUGAAAAACUGUAAACGAAUUUGUAAAUUUAAUAGCCUAUGUUUUUAAUAAACGUCUCUUGCAAAAUUGAACACAAUUCGAGCUGCCUUUUACCUUAAGCUACACAACUAUCUGCAGUAACAACAUUUCCAUCCACUCUUGUCGUUAUAUAGAAAUAAUUUUCACAGGAUUUUUCUUUUUGACCUCAUCAGAAAGCUGGGUAAUCAAGUGAAAUCCCAGCAAUAUGUCCCAGCCAUACCACUGUUAUUAUCUGUUAAAACUAUAAUAAAACUAUUUAAAAACAUACAUUAACAAUAUGGAAUAUAUAUGAAAUAUUUCCCCAUUGUUUUUAAAUGCUACUAAAAACGUUCUUGUGUUUAACAAGUUACACGACUAAACUCAAAUUUGCGUGUAACAAAAUAGCUACGAGAGAUUCAGCUCAUUUGUAAAUGUGCAUUAGGGGUUUGGGGAAGAAAAAAUAAUUAACUCCGCGUGCUGCCUUAAUUAAAGUCUCAAAAGGAAAGUGGUGGAUUAUGGUAAUAAGGAGACAUACGUUCAUUCUUUUAGAAUGGAGCUAAAGGUUAGCUGACGUGAAAUCAGUGACUUUGACAGUGUUACUGAAUCCAUUCGAUAUGGUCCCCGAUUGUAAAAUAGACCGAACGGUCUCAUAAAGGCAGAUAUUCAUCGCUGUCAAAAGCAUGUAAAAUAUUUCCGACAAGUGGAAGAUAAAUCUGAAAAUACGCAUUGAGAGUUACUAAUGUAAUACUGCCACAGUCACGCUUUGAAAUCGAAUUAAUGCGUUGUAAGAAAUAACAUUCUAUUCUUCGAUUACUUUCUCUCCUUUUAUUAAUUUACAGAAUUAAUAAAAAAAUUGUUUCUUCAUGUUUAUAUUUUAUAAUAUAGAUUAUAGCUUAAAUAGCAUACAGCAUCAAAAAUAAUAAUAGGCUACUAUAAAAUGUCAACAAUAAGCCUAAUUUAUCAAUCGAACAGAAAUAGCUUUAAAAAAAAAAAAAUCAAUGCCACGGGCCUAAAUGUAAAGUAGACUCCGUACAUGGAGAUUGUAUUAAAUUCACUUAGAACUCCAAAUCAGAACUGGGAAAAUGUUUUAAAUAUUUACAUACUUUUUAUAAUUGAGAAAUAGUGAUUUGGUUUUUAUUAUUAUUAUUGUUUAUUAUUAUUAUUAUUUUACAGCAAAUGAUGGAGGAAUCCAGUUCGCAGCGACUGUGCUGGGAUGGCGACGCGAAAGCGAUGCAGCAGUGUUUAACGGAUAUAUUUACCAGCGUCUACACCACCUGUGACAUUCCGGAAAAUGCCAUUUUUGGCCCAUGUGUUCUGAGUCACACUUCACUGUAUGACAGCAUCGCCUUUAUCGCUCUCAAGUCCACAGACAAACGAACGGCGCCUUACAUAUUCAGGGUGGACACGUCAGCUGCCAACAGUUCCUCAGAAGGCCUGAUGUGGCUGAGGCUGGUUCAGUCGGCGAGAGACAGAGAUGAACAGAACCUAGAGGCCUAUGUGAAGAACGGCCAGCUUUUCUACAGAUCACUGAGGAGAAUAGAGAAGGAUGAAGAGCUGCUGGUGUGGUAUGGCAAGGAUCUCGUUGAGCUCCUGCUGCUGAGCUCAGGCAGAAAUCAAGCCAAAAGUAAAGGAACAUCGCCCUUUUUGUGCCCAGACUGUAGCCAGCGCUUCCAGUUUGAAUUUCCCUUUUUGGCUCAUCUAAGAUUCCGCUGUACAAAGAGACUACAAAGCAUGGCCAGCCCAGAGGAGGAGGCCACUGACGCAAGUGACCAGGCUAGUCUACCUCCUGCCAGAUCCAGUCCCAAACUGGGCCGAUCUGAUGGCUUCUCCAAUCCACAGGAAGGAAAGCCAUCCACAGACUUCCAUAAUCUAGCCAGGGAUUUGGAGAAUAACAGAACCAGUCCGCCGAGCGACAAAGAGGCCGAGAUCCUGAGCGAAAAUUCUGGAAAGCGCAAGUUCUCUGACAUGGAGGACAGCAGGAACAGUGGAUUAUCUCAGCCUCCCAAGUCCAAAGAGGAGUUGGCCAACUCGGCACAGCAGUACCGUGGAGCGUAUGGUCUGGACGAGAGCAGGCGGGCUUUCUCACCCUCUGUUUCAGAGUCGACGGAAACCAAGAGGAGCGCCUUCACAGAGGUCAAGAAGUCACCUCAGAGCUUGAAGCACAGCAGUAAAAACUCCAGCUCCAACUCGGAGAACAAGGAGGCUGGUCGGCCCAACAGCAACCCGGCUGAAAAGCACCUCAACAUCAGACAGGUUCUCAGUGAGACUCAGCCCCCACAGUCCCGAAUGGAGACCUCGUCAAUUGGCAGCGCUUUCACUUCGGUGCCCCAGCAGGGUGGUGGAGGCUCGGAGAGAAAGAGUGCCUUUAGCCAGCCGUCUCGCACCUUCUCACAGCUAUCACCUCUUGUCAUGGCACCCAAGCUUCUGCCAGCAGUGGACUGCCAUCCUGCGGUGGGCGACACUGUCUCUUCCAAUAGACUCUACCAGGCAGACCACCUCGCCGCAAAGCUCCAAGGCUCAGAACUAGGCAGCAACUGUCCUGUGCCGGGUGGCAUUGCAAAACAGAACCCUUUCCUAUACACCACAGCCUUCUGGCCCAAGACCUCAGGCCCCAUCCAGCUGCAAAUGCCCUCUGCUCUCACGCUUCUGCCCCCUUCUUUUACUUCACUUUGUCUGCCUGCCCAGAACUGGUGUGCCAAAUGCAACGCCUCCUUCCGCAUGACCUCUGACCUGGUCUACCACAUGCGCUCGCACCACAAAAAGGAGUAUGCCAUGGAACCUCUUGUUAAAAGAAGGAGAGAAGAAAAGUUAAAGUGUCCAAUCUGUAAUGAGUCUUUCAGGGAGCGGCACCACCUUUCACGGCACAUGACCUCUCACAACUGAAUUUUUGAGGAUUUAUUUGUUUUUCUUUCUUUCCUUCCUCCUUUCUUUUUUCUUGCAUUUUUUUUAUCAAAAGGGAAUAAGGUUAAUCUGGAGGAGUAAUGCCAACGCGUUUGCUCUCAUUUUCAAAAGACAUUACUGUUUGAAUGGUUUGAUUUCUUCAAAAGUCAUGUUUUGUGUAUGAAGAUGCAUUUUGACUAAAAAACCUAAAAUAUAUUUAUUAUAUGAAGCACUUAUUUGAAAAAAGUGGACAAUAAUAAUGUAAGUGUACCUUGGAUUUUGUAUAUAUUAAUGUAUAAUGUAUAUAAAUCAAUUAAGAUGCAGAUCAUUUCAUUGAGAGUUAUUCAAUGACAUGUUAUGUCUAUAUGCAUAAGGAUACUUAACAUUGGGAACAUGAUGUUGAAGUGUAUUUAAGAGUGCAUGUAAAUUAUAGUUAUUGGUAUAAUAUGCAGUCUAUUCAAAACAAUGUAAAUACCUGUUUUGUUUGAAUACAAAGUGUAAUAUUUUGUGUCUGUGAGAAAUAGAUUCAGUGUUUCUUCCUUUUGCUGAAAUUUACUAUUUGAUAGUUUAUCUAAUCAUGUUGAAUGCUUUGACAAUAAAAUAGCUUUAUUUUCA